CGUAGUAUUCCGUACUGUCUGAAUGAAGUUGAACAACCCUCAGCGCUGACGUUUGCAUAGGCCAGGCUGAUCUUCAAAGUACUCAACAGUUACUGCUGAAAUUUCCCAAAGAAGAAGCCCCAAAUUUUUCAAAAGCUCAUCACAUCACGCCAUUCACCACCAAGUACCAAAUUAUUCUUCUCAGCCAGACUUAAAAUGCAUCCUUCAACACUUCUUAAUUCUUAUACCUCCUUUCCACUCCUCAACUUUCUCAGAACAAAACAAAAUUCCUUUCCAUUUUCUUACUAACCAAACAUGAAGAACAAACCCAUCAUCCUUGCUCUCUUAAUUUCCUUCUCUCUCACAAACGUAGUCGUUUCAGCUCGACUCUUUCCCAACGUCUCCUCCUGGCUCGACUCCCACGCGCCUCUUCCGAGAGGCGCGUGGGGAGCCUUUCUCAACUUCACCGGCUGCCACCGCGGUGACAAGUACGACGGUCUCGCCAAUUUAAAGUCUUACUUUGAACGCUUCGGUUACAUUCCUCACGCGCCGCCGCCGUCGAAUUUCUCCGAUGAAUUCGACGACGCGCUCGAAUCCGCCAUCAAAACUUACCAGAAGAACUUCAACCUCAACGUCACGGGCGUCCUCGACGAUGCCACGCUCCAGAAGAUCGUGCUGCCGCGGUGCGGCGUCGCCGAUAUAAUCAACGGCACAACCACGAUGAACGCUGGCAAGGAGAACGAGACGGCAUCGUUUAGCAAGCCGAAGUUUCACACGGUGGCGCACUUCAGUCUUUUUCCCGGCAUGCCGCGGUGGCCGGAGGGAACGCAGGAACUGACGUACGCGUUCUUCCCCGGGAACGAGCUGAGCGACACCGUGAAAGGCGUGUUCGCCACCGCGUUCGCGCGCUGGGCGGAGGUGACGUCGCUGAAGUUCCGCGAAUCGGCGUCGUACUUCGGCGCCAACAUCAGGAUCGGGUUCUUCAGCGGGGACCACGGCGACGGGGAGCCGUUCGACGGGAGCUUGGGGACGCUGGCGCACGCGUUCUCGCCGACGAACGGGAGGUUCCACCUGGAUGCCGCCGAGGACUGGGUGGUUUCCGGCGACGUGACGCUGUCGGCGCUGCCGACCGCGGUGGAUUUGGAAUCCGUGGCGGUGCACGAGAUUGGGCACUUGCUAGGGUUAGGCCACUCGUCGGUGGAAGAAGCGGUUAUGUUUCCGACGAUUUCGUCGCGGAAGAAGAAGGUGGUGCUGGCAAGGGACGAUAUCGAAGGGAUUCAAUUCCUCUACGGUUCCAACCCUAAUUUCAAUGGCUCCACCGCCACGUCAGCACCGGAGAGAGACGCCAGUGACGGUGGUCGUUGCCUCACUUGUGUGGGGCCCUCGUCCGGCGUUUUCACUUUGUUGACUUUUGCCUUUGCACAUUUUGCGUUAUUAAUAUAGGAUUUUUAUUAUUUAUCGUAGAGUAGGGGUAUGAUGCUUUGCACAUUUUAUUAUUUGGACCUGGCUUGGGUUGUCCCUAUUCCUGCCCCUCAGGAUUUAAUAUUUUUUGUUCUUAUAGUUGUUUGGUUUUCCAGUCACAUGGUACACUUUGUAUACAUUCAUAUAGAAUUUUUCUUCGUGUAUAUGAUACUAGUAUAAUAAUAAAAUUUCGUUACAUAAAUCCAAGAA